AUGUCGCCUUUUUACCACUCUUACACCAAUUUACACACCAUGGCAGCUCCAACUAGAACCCUACGACACUUGUCGUCCCUCAAGCCCACUCCCUGUCCCGCUGCAGCAGGAAUUGCUCUUCGACGCAGCUAUGCUACCACCGAUUCCUCAUCCGCUACCAACACACCCACCACGCGGCGGAAAGCAACGACCUUCCGGGAUAAGCUGAAUGCCGGACCUUCGUUCUCCGAUUUCGUCUCUGGAGGCGGUGAGCCCCCCCUUGACCCCAACGAAGCCUACGCCCUCAAGACUGCCCUCGCCGGACCCGCCGGCCGCAAGAAGGAAAUCACUCGCCUGCCCGAGUGGCUGAAGACCCCGAUUCCCGACUCCAAGAACUAUCAGCGCUUAAAGAAGGAUUUGCGAGGCCUCAAUCUGCACACCGUCUGCGAGGAAGCCAGAUGUCCCAACAUCUCCGACUGCUGGGGCGGUAGCGACAAGUCUUCCGCCACUGCGACCAUCAUGUUGAUGGGUGAUACCUGUACCCGAGGAUGUCGCUUCUGUAGUGUCAAGACCUCCCGCGCGCCGCCACCCCUCGACCCCCACGAACCCGAGAACACAGCAGAGGCCAUCUCCCGCUGGAGCUUGGGAUACGUUGUUCUGACAAGUGUGGACCGUGAUGAUCUGGUUGACGGUGGCGCCCGUCACUUUGCUGAAACCGUUAUCAAAAUCAAGCAGAAGAAGCCCAGCAUGUUGGUCGAGUGUUUGACGGGUGACUACCGGGGCGAUCUGGAGAUGGCGGCGUUGGUUGCGCGAUCUGGACUGGAUGUGUACGCGCACAACGUUGAGACGGUCGAGGAGCUUACGCCAUUUGUUCGUGACCGUCGCGCCACUUUCCAGCAGUCCAUUCGAGUGCUCGAUGCUGCUAAGAAGGCUAGCCCGGAUCUCAUCACUAAAACUUCGCUCAUGCUCGGUCUCGGUGAGACUGAUGAGCAGCUUUGGGAUGCCCUCCGCCAGCUUCGUGCUGUCAAUGUCGACGUGGUGACUUUCGGCCAGUACAUGCGUCCUACCAAGCGUCACAUGGCUGUGCAUGAAUACGUGACUCCUGAUCGCUUCGAGCUGUGGCGCCAGCGCGCCCUUGAUAUGGGCUUCUUGUACUGUGCUUCCGGUCCCUUGGUUCGUAGCAGUUACAAGGCUGGUGAAGCCUUCAUCGAGAACGUUCUCAAGAAGCGUCGCUCCGGUGGCUCCGCGGAAACAGUCGAGAAGACUACUGCCCCCGCAGAGGAAGCUACCCAGUGA